AUGACCUUCGAACAACAACGCGAUGUCCUCGAUAAGACCUACAAAAUGCUCACCGAGUUCUGCGGCAAGCCACCUCGCGGGUCCGUCGCGCCAUGGUGGGAAACAUCAAAAGAGGGCUGCGAAUUGCUCCUUUCUUAUGGCAUCGAAUACGACCACAGUAUGAGUCACGAAGACCACCGCUGCUACUGGCUGCGGACGGGUGACGAGUGGACGAAAAUCGACUAUACCAAGAAUGCGCGCGACUGGAUGAAGCCACUCACCAAAGGACAGGAGACGGGAUUGGUAGAGAUACCCGGUAGUUGGUAUAUUGACGACUUGCCACCAAUGAUGUUUAUGAAGAAGAGUGCAAACUCACAUGGAUGGGUCAACCCGAGAGAUGUGGAGCAAAUCUGGAUGGAUCACUUCGAUUACUUCUAUAGGGAGAUCAUCGAGCACAUCAACAAACACGAAGGUGUCGAGUGGGUGACAAUGGAGCAGAUGGCGGACGACUUUAAGAAGAACAAUACAGUGCCGCAGGGCGCGAAAAUGCCAGCGCCACCGGGAGAGAUCUUGAAGCUGCAGAAGGAAGGCAAGGCAUACUCUGGAUUCGAUUACAAUGGUCCGAUACCUCAGUAG